AUGUCUCUUCUCGAUCGAGGCAGCGGGACUUCCCGCUGGGAGUGGAAAUAUUGUACGGGGAAACUAAGGCUCUCCCAAAGCCUGCCGAGCUGCACUCCGAGUUGGGGAAGGCUCGAGGUGUUGCUCCUGCUAAGUUCUUGCUUGGCUUUGGCUCCAGCUCCUGCUCCCGCUCCCGCUCCAGCUCCAGCAGCUGGCCAGCUACGCUACUCGGUACCCGAGGAACUGGAGCACGGAGCCUUUGUGGCCAACAUCGCUGAGGACCUAGGUCUGGAUGUAUCUGAAUUAUCAGCCAGGAGGUUUCGUAUUGCAUCCCGGGCAGGGAGUAAGCAGCACCUGGAGGUGAAUCUGGAAAAUGGGAUCCUCUUUGUUAACGAGAAAAUAGAUCGGGAAGAGGUGUGUGAGGGCAGCAGGGCCUGCCUCCUGCACUUGCAGCUGGUCAUUGAGAGCCCCCUUGAGCUCUACCGCAUCGAGGUGGAGGUGCUGGACAUCAACGACAAUGCACCCAGGUUCCCUUGGCAAGAAUAUGUGCUGGAAGUGACAGAAUCAGCGCUACCUGGGGCCCGCUUUCCUCUGGAGAGUGCACAGGAUCCCGACGUGGGCAUAAACUCCCUGCGUACCUACAGACUCAGCCCUAAUGGCUUUUUCUCACUGGAGGUGCAGACUCGCAGCGACGGCAGCAAGUUUGCAGAGCUGGUGCUGGAGAGAAGUCUGGACCGAGAGCAGCAGCGCAGCCACCGGGUCCUGCUCACAGCUUUGGAUGGUGGUAUCCCAGAGCGGUCAGGCACGGCUAGAGUUGUGAUCAUGGUGUUGGAUGCCAACGACAAUGUGCCAGUCUUUGAUCAGUCCACUUACAGCGUAAGCCUGCCGGAGGAUGCACCCAAGGGGACUCUGGCCAUCAAGCUCAACGCUACGGACUUGGAUGAAGGCACCAAUGGUGAAAUUGAGUAUUCAUUCAGCGGGCACGCUCCACCAGGUGUGCGUGAGCUUUUCAGUGUGGAGCCCCACACUGGGCAGGUGCGCUUGAAGGGCCAACUGGACUAUGAGCGAGCUGACCUCCAUGAGCUAUACGUGCAGGCCAAGGACCGGGGUCCCUCUGCAGUCGCCAUCCACUGCCGGGUGCUGGUGCAUCUCCUGGACGUCAAUGAUAACGCACCGGAGGUGACCCUCACCUCAGUCUCCACACCGGUCCUGGAAGACGCACCUCCAGGCACAGUCAUAGCUGUAAUCAGCGUACUGGAUAGAGAUUCAGGAGACAACGGCAAGGUGAGCUGCGAAAUCCCGACCGAUAUACCCUUCCAGCUUCAGUCGUCUUUCCACAACUAUUACGCACUAGUAACUACUGCACCACUCGACCGGGAGGCUGUGCCCGAGUAUAACGUCAGCAUCACCGCUCAGGAUCUGGGGUCUCCAGCGCUGACCACCAGGAAGACCCUGACGGUCCAGGUGUCCGAUAUCAACGACAACGCGCCCCGCUUCCUGCAACCCUCCUACAGCGUCUACGUGACUGAGAACAACGCUCCGGGGGCGUCGAUCUGCUCUGUCAGCGCGCUGGACCCGGACUGUCAACAGAACGCUUACUUAUCCUACUCCAUCGCGGACGGCCAGAUUCAGGGCAUGCCCGUAGCCACCUACGUCUCCAUCAACUCGGACAGCGGACACAUGUAUGCUCUGCGCUCCCUGGACUACGAGCAGAUUCGCAACUUCCAGAUCCAAGUCGUGGCUCAGGACGCCGGCUUCCCGCCGCUGAGCGGAAACGCCACCGUCCACAUCUUCGUGCUGGACCAGAACGACAACGCGCCCCUGGUCGUGGCUCCCGUGCCCCGCAAUGGCUCAGUGGCUGUGGAGGUGGUGCCUCGCUCAGCAGAGCCCGGCUACUUGGUGGGGAAAGUCUCUGCAGUGGACGCCGAUGCAGGGCAGAACUCGCGGCUUUCCUACCGGAUCAUCCAGGCCACCGAUGCCAGCCUCUUCAGCGUGGCCCUCUACACGGGCGAGAUCCGCACCGUCCGCGCCUUCCUGGCCAAAGACGCCCCGAAGCACCGUCUUCUCGUCCAGGUGCGGGACAACGGGCAGCCCCCGCUCUCGGCUUCCGUGGCCCUGUUGCUCUCGGUGGUGGACAGCGUGCCGGAGGUGCUCUCGGACUUCCGCGAGCUUCCUCCCAGAGGCGAGACCGCUUCUUCCAGGCUUACCCUCUACCUGAUCGCCUCGCUGGGCUCCGUCUCCUUCACUUUCCUGGUGGCCAUCGUAAUCCUCACGGUGGUCAAGUGCCCCAAGGAGCGGCUGACCUUCCCCAACUACGCCUGCUCGCAGCUGCCUUGUGGCGGGGAGGGCGGCGGCUCCGCUGCCUUCUGCUGCUGCUGCGGCGGCAACGGCGGAACCAGCGCAGGCCCUCCCGCCUAUUGCUACAAAGUCUGCCUGAGCCCUGAAUCGGCCAAGAGCGACUUCAUGUUCCUGAAAGCCUGCAGUCCCGCCCCUCCGAGGAAUAACGAAGCGGGCCCUCAGAGCAUGCCGCCGGGCCCCGGCCCGAAAACCCGAGGGGCCAAUAACUCUCGGCAGCUCGCCGACCAGGUAAAACAGGCCAAUGCAGACUGGCUGCCAUCAAAACAACCAAUACUGAAGAGUUCACAGAGCCUAGAGGAUGUAGGAAAAGUUUGGAAAGGAGUUCAGAAAGACCAUGAUAGGUUGUGCACUUUGGUCACUCCAGUAUCUGAGCAUAAGAAGGCGCCUGGGCCCCCUAACAGCAUCCGGACCCCUCCAUAUGCACCCCUAUAUUUGCAACAUAUUUCUCCUCUGGAUUAUCAACACAAUGUGUAUAUUCCAGGAACCCCAACAACGCCUGCCAAUAAGGAUGGCCCAGUCUUUCUGGAGCAGGAGGCUAAGAACAGCUUCUCCACAUUUGGAAAGAGGAAGAAAAUGACCAACUAUUCUGAUAAACAUGACAGCAUGGUUAUUAACAAUAACCUGAAAUAA